AUGACGAACGAUACUUGUGUGGAUAAGCUUCCUGCAGCUAUCCUAGACUUGGUCAAGCGCACGGAAAAGCUCCUCGCUCGCCAAGCCUCUAACCCCAGUCAACGCAUGCUCGUUGCGCUUGCGGGUGUGCCAGGAGCGGGCAAGUCAACAGUAUCCGAUGCGCUCUUAAUCGAGUUAGCGGCGCGAGGCAUCAAAGAUGUUGCCAUAGUGCCAAUGGACGGGUUCCACUAUACUCGCGAGGUUUUGUCGACUUUUGCAGAUGCAGAUGUAGCAUUCAAGAGACGCGGUGCUCCCUUCACUUUUGAUGCAGAAGGAUGCGUCAAGCUCGUGAAGUCGCUCAAGACUGCACCCGUCACUACAGAUGGCGAAGAAGACUUGUGCAUAAGUGCACCAACCUUUGAUCAUGCAGCCAAAGAUCCAGUCGAGAAUGGAAUCAGCAUAUCUUCCCGCACACGCCUCGUCAUCGUCGAGGGCAACUACACACUGUUGAAACAGAAGCCAUGGGAUGAAAUUGCAGAGAUCUGCGACGAGAGGUGGUUUGUAGAUGCACCUGUGGAAGUCGUUCGUGAUCGCUUAGCCCAGCGUCACCUCGCUGCUGGAAUUGAAUCUUCAAAAGCGGCAGCCAUUGCCAGAGCUGAAGAGAAUGACAUCCCCAACGGCGAGUUGAUACGGUCAUUGCUCAUCGAACCAGACGUGAUCAUUAAGAAUUGA